AUGCCUCCAAUCCCAGAGCAGCAGCUGAAACCCAGGACGCGGAGGAACACGUCUCUAUUAAAAGGGCAGUUCCCAUCAGCAGACCCCGACCCUCAGCCAAACCCUCCAAUUGAUGAAGUUAUAAACACAGCUCGAGUAGUGGAUAGAUUUGUGGAGUUCUUGAAGAUGAGCACCAACUGCACACUCCAGUUUGAGGCAGCGUGGGCACUGACCAACAUAGCAUCCGGCACAUCCAUGCAGACGAAGACUGUGAUUGCGGCCGGAGCGGUGCCAAUCUUCAUCGAACUACUGAACUCAGACUUUGAAGAUGUCCAAGAACAGGCUGUUUGGGCCUUGGGUAAUAUUGCAGGGGACAGUGCGGUGUGCAGAGACUACGUGCUGAACUGCGACAUUCUUCCACCAUUAUUAAUGCUUCUGACCAAAUCCACUAGAUUGACCAUGACUAGGAACGCAGUGUGGGCUCUGUCUAAUCUGUGUAGAGGAAAAAACCCUCCACCUGCGUUUGAAAAGGUACCAAUGAUGAAGUCAACAACAAAAACUCUGAUCAUUGAUUUUCAACAUGUUGCUUUAUAAACAUGUAGAA